UACAAAUGCUUCCGCCUUUGUCAUUGCUAAGACUGUGAGCGAGGCUUUAUGGGUGUCGGCAUUGGUUCAAUGAUUGAUAGUGUGUUCUGCUAGAUUCCUGGUUGUUGACGUACUGAGGACCUAUUGUUUUAGAAUCGUUCAAAGUGUUUUUUAAGAAGUGUAAAGUAUUACUUUUUAAACCGUGGUCUUAUAUAAGUAUAGUGACUGGUAAUUUCAAUAGGAGUUUUGCGUGGAUUUCAGAUUGCUUUCCCCCAAGUAGACCUGGAGCUGCCAUCACUUUGGCGGCUAACUGUUAAACCGACAUUAAUCUACUGUGCCACACAUCUGGACCUGAUGUUAGGUACACACUUUACCCUAACUGACUGAGCCAAAAUGAGCUUUAGCAGUGACGAGGUUAACUUCCUUGUUUAUCGUUACUUACAGGAAUCAGGCUUCCUCCAUUCUGCAUACACAUUUGGAAUUGAAAGUCACAUUAGUCAAUCCAACAUAAAUGGGGCUCUUGUCCCACCAGCAGCUCUUUUAAGCAUAAUACAAAAAGGAUUACAGUACACAGAGUCUGAAAUCAGCAUUGGAGAGGAUGGAUCAGAGCGACCGAUGGAAUCCCUCUCUUUAAUAGAUGCUGUGAUGCCAGAUGUUGUUGAAUCCAGAAAACAGGCUAAUACAAAGAGUAACCCAGUGAAAACAGACACAAACAACACUAAUGGAGAUGAUGGCACCCAUGCUGUUGAUAACCACACAGAGUCCAUGGAAGUUGAUGGCACUGUGGAUAUACCAAGUAAUAAAGCCACUGUCCUCCGAGGCCAUGAAUCUGAAGUUUUCAUUUGUGCAUGGAAUCCAACAAACGAUCUUCUUGCUUCUGGUUCUGGUGACUCUACAGCAAGAAUAUGGAACAUGAAUGACAACAAUAGUAGCACAAGUGCCAGCCAGUUAGUUUUAAGACAUUGUAUACAAAAAGGAGGAACUGAGGUCCCAAGUAAUAAAGAUGUGACUUCAUUGGACUGGAUGUGUGAUGGAACAUUACUUGCCACAGGGUCAUAUGAUGGCUUUGCCAGGAUAUGGAGCAUAGAUGGUCGAUUAGUCAACACCCUGGGUCAACACAAAGGACCAAUAUUUGCACUCAAGUGGAACAAAAGAGGAAACUAUAUUUUAAGUGCAGGAGUGGAUAAGACCACAAUAAUAUGGGAUGCUAACACAGGAAGUUGUACACAACAGUUUGCUUUUCACUCAGCACCAGCAUUAGAUGUGGACUGGCAGAGUAACACAACAUUUGCCUCCUGUUCAACAGACCAAUGUAUUCAUGUUUGUAGACUAGGGGAUUUAAGACCAGUCAAAACAUUCCAGGGACACACAAAUGAAGUAAAUGCCAUUAAAUGGGACCCACAAGGGCAGCUGUUGGCAUCAUGUUCGGAUGACAUGACUUUAAAGAUUUGGAGUAUGAAAAAUGACCAGUGGGUUCAUGACUUACAAGCCCACAGUAAGGAAAUAUAUACCAUUAAAUGGAGCCCAACUGGGGUAGGCACAAACAACCCAAAUCAGAAUCUUAUUUUAGCCAGUGCAUCAUUUGACUCAACUGUUAGACUGUGGGAAGUGGAUCAUGGACGUUGUUUGCACACACUGACAAAACACACUGAACCUGUCUACAGUGUUGCGUUUAGCCCAGAUGGCAAAUAUAUUGCCAGUGGUUCAUUUGAUAAAUGUGUACAUAUAUGGAAUGUCCAGACUGGAUCUUUAGUUCAUAGCUAUAGAGGAACAGGUGGGAUAUUUGAAGUGUGUUGGAAUCACAGGGGAGAUAAAGUUGGGGCCAGUGCAUCUGAUGGAUCGGUUGUGGUUCUGGACUUGAGAAAAUAAUAAGCUGUAGUGUUCUAAGGACUAAAAUAUAACAUGAGGAAAAGCUUCUACCCACUGUUGUGAAGGGAGAGGGCUGGUCCCUUGAUCUAAUCUCAUGUUGCACCUCCUUACAGCUGUAGAACCAGUGCCCCUGUGAUAUCAAGUAAAGGGCAACUCAACAUGAGCACUUAUUGCUAGUUGAUUUUAUCAAGCUUUUUCUUGUUUUCCAUUGCCCUUUAUUGUGUACAUGUCUGUUUCAAAGGCCAUAUUAAUGUUACCAUUUAAGCUUUUCUUGCAUUCAGCAAUGAUCUGAAAAAUUGAAGGGCAUUGGAAUACUAAGCUGUACCAGUGUAAUAAGUCACUUGAACUUAACAAGCCAUUUUCCCACAAUUAUUAGCUUGCUUAUACACUGGUGGGAGGGUCCAGUCAGACCAUAUUCAGCUGUUUUCAUUUGGAUUGAGAUUGGUCUCAGGUUAAGGAAUGGGUUGUUUAAUUACAUUUUUGAUCAGCCUUGUUUAGAAUAUCCAUUGUCUGUUAAUCUCUAUAGGCGUUUCAGGGUUAUGUUGUCAUUUUAAGCCCAGCUGAGAUUUGUUCAUUCCUCACAAAUUGUUCUUUAGCCAUCAGAAAGUUAUCUUUGAAAUAAUUAAUAGAUUAGUGUUAUUCGGAGACUCACGUUGAAUGAGUGUUUAGCUCUAGUCUAAAAGGUUUGGAGAAGUUAAUUUUCUAUGGGUUGAGUUCUAUAAAGUAUUUAAUUCUGCCUAUAAAUCUGGUAUUUUAAAAUUAGGUUUUACUAAUUUUGAUUACUUUCUAAAUUAAAACAUUUACUUUUGGUUAUUAAAAGCUUACUCCUUGCAUGAAACGGCAAAUGGCAGCAAUUUAUCUAAAUAUUCAUGUGUAGUCUACAGUCAUUUCCUUAAUAAUAUAAGCAGGUUUUAGCUCAAGUCUUUUACCAUAGAGUCAAGAAAUAAGGCAUCAGUUGCUAAAAGUAGAGGUAUAUAGAGGUAUUGUAAAGUAGUAGCUUCAGAACAUAAUGCACAAGACUACCUUCCUCAUUCUUUUUAUUUCUUCUGUUUAGGCAGCAGAAGUCUUUAUGUUGAUUCCUUAUGGACUUGUUUACUGAGUCAUUUCCAGUGUCUAAUCCAAUGUGCUAUAGAGUUAGUAAAAUGAGAUUGGUCCAGCUGUCAACAUUAAGAUCAUCUAUGUGUUAUACUAGUCCAUCUCUGUAACACACUAGUCUUGUUCAUCUUCACCUUUCUUGCAGUGUCCAUAUGCCAUGACUUUCAUUAGACUAAGCAGCCUCAUUGUCUCUCUGUUGGUUCAAGCUUUAUUUUGUCUCUUUCAGGAUAUCUCUUAUCAAAAACCAUAUCAAUAAAAUAAAUCAUAAUUACUAUGUUGUGAAUGACCACUUUUGCCUGACAAACAUGAACUACUCAAAGAUGUUUAUUUUUGAAAGAAUUGAAUUGCAGAGGUGGGUUUUUUCCUGGACUAAUUCUUUGCUAAUUAGAGAAAGAAAACAAAAACAAGAAAUUGAUGGCUAAGUAUGUAUAGCUUUAUAUUUCUGGCUUACUGUGAACAUCAGGUGUUUAUAUUUUAAAACAAAGUUUUGUAUAUUGAUUGUUGAGCAAAGUGUUAUUGUCAUAGUGAAAAAUAUACAUAAUUAAAUUGUAAAUUGACAAUAUUGUUCAUGUAUAUAAAAAUAAGUUGAUGUGAAUAUUUAUAUAAAUAUAUGUGUUGUCACUAUGUGCUUUUUACAAAAGUAUGACAAAACAUUCUUUAAAAGUAGACUUGUUUGAAAUAUAAAAAAUA